GCUGUAAUGCUGGUGCUGGUUCCUCCCACAGGUAACAAGUACGUGCCCCGUGCCAUCCUGGUGGACCUGGAGCCCGGCACGAUGGACUCCGUGCGCUCCGGCCCCUUUGGACAGAUCUUCCGGCCCGACAACUUUGUCUUUGGUCAGAGCGGGGCUGGCAACAACUGGGCCAAGGGGCACUACACGGAAGGCGCGGAGCUGGUGGACUCUGUCCUGGAUGUGGUGAGGAAGGAGUCGGAGAGCUGUGACUGCCUCCAGGGCUUCCAGCUGACCCACUC